GACCCGGUUGGCUUCUGGGAUCCCGCUGGCUUCACUGCGGACGGUAGCACGGAGAACUUUGCCCGCCGGCGCCAGACCGAGCUGAAGCACGGCCGCGUGUCUAUGCUUGCGACGAUGGGCUACAUCACCCCAGAGAUCACCGGCAAGCUGCCAGGGUACCUGUCGCCGUCCGCUGGCCUGAAGUUCGCGGACAUCCCGAACGGCCUCGGUGCGAUCUCCAAGGUUCCCGCGGCGGGCUGGGCGCAGAUCGUGGCGUAUGGCGCGUUCUGCGAGCUGUCCCAGGACCAGUCCGCUGGCACCGCUGCCGCGGCGGGUGACUUCGGCUUCAAGGUGCUGACGUCCAGCGACGCUGGGGAGAAGCAGAAGAAGUUGGCGGCUGAGAUCGCCAACGGUCGUCUGGCCAUGAUGGCGAUCAUCGGAAUGUUCUUCCAGGACGGCUUGACUGGCUCCGCGUGGGGCGACUGGGCGCUCUACACGGGCUCUCCGCUGCGCGCUUUCGAGAGCGAGCUGGGCGUGCAGGACCCGGUUGGCUUCUGGGAUCCCGCUGGCUUCACUGCGGACGGUAGCACAGAGAACUUUGCCCGCCGGCGCCAGACCGAGCUGAAGCACGGCCGCGUGUCUAUGCUUGCGACGAUGGGCUACAUCACCCCAGAGAUCACCGGCAAGCUGCCAGGGUACCUGUCGCCGUCCGCUGGCCUGAAGUUCGCGGACAUCCCGAACGGCCUCGGUGCGAUCUCCAAGGUUCCCGCGGCGGGCUGGGCGCAGAUCGUGGCGUACGGCGCGUUCUGCGAGCUGUCCCAGGACCAGUCCGCUGGCACCGCUGCCGCGGCGGGUGACUUCGGCUUCAAGGUGCUGACGUCCAGCGACGCUGGGGAGAAGCAGAAGAAGUUGGCGGCUGAGAUCGCCAACGGUCGUCUGGCCAUGAUGGCGAUCAUCGGAAUGUUCUUCCAGGACGGCUUGACUGGCUCCGCGUGGGGCGACUGGGCGCUCUACACGGGCUCUCCGCUGCGCGCGUUCGAGAGCGAGUUGGGCGUGCAAGCUCCCGUGGGCUUCUGGGACCCUGCUGGUCUCUCGAAGGACGGUGAUGCUGCGGCCUUCAAGCGCCGACGCUCCACGGAGAUAAAGCAUGGCCGCGUGUCGAUGCUGGCUACGAUGGGCUACAUUACGCCCGAGGUCGCUGGCAAGUUCCCAGGGUACCUCAGCCCGUCCAAGGGUCUCGCUUUCCAGGAUAUCCCGAAUGGCCUGGCAGCCAUCUCCAAGGUGCCGUUCCUCGGGUGGCUUCAGAUCGUCAUCUAUUGCCUCUACGUCGAGGCAUCUGGCCUCGGCUUCAACUACAUCGGCACUGAGCAGACGCCCGGCGACGUGGGCUGGAAGCCGCCCCUGCUCUCCGGCUUCGACGGCGAGGCGAAGACGAAGAAACUGAAUGCCGAGAUCGCCAACGGCAGGCUGGCAAUGAUGGCGAUCAUCGGGAUGUUUUUUCAGGACGGCCUCACUGGAAGUGCGUGGGGCGACUGGGCGCUGUACACCGACUCCCCACUGCGCGCUUUUGAGAGCGAGCUGGGCGUGCAGGCCCCUUUCGGGUACUGGGAUCCGGCCGGGCUGACUAAGGACGGCGACACGGAGGCGUUCAAGAGGCGCCGCGUCACCGAGAUCAAGCACGGGCGCGUAUCCAUGUGGGCGUGCAUGGGCUACAUCACCCCUGAGUACUUCAAGUGGCCUGGCUACUGCUCGCCGUCUAAGGGCCUCAAGUUCGCGGACAUCCCCAACGGUCUUGCCGCGCUGUCCAAGGUCCCCGGAGCGGGCUGGUGCCAGAUCUUCCUGUUCUGCGGCCUGCUCGAGAAGGGCGUGUUCGUGUACGACCCGUCGAGGGCCCCUGGCGACUACGAGAACGGCGGCGUCCUGGGCGUGCCCAACGGCAGCACACUGCCGGCCGGCGAGGCCAAGUCCCGCAAGCUGAACGCCGAGAUCGCGAACGGAAGGCUGGCGAUGAUGGCAAUCAUCGGCAUGUUUUAUCAGGAUGGCCUGACUGGGUCUGCGUGGGGUGACUGGGAGUUGUACACGGACUCGCCGCUGCGAUGA